AUGGGUAUUGGAAUGACAGAGCGGUUCAACAGGACAUUAUUGGAUAUGCUCGGUACUCUGGAUCCAGAAAAGAAGGUUGACUGGAAGAACCAUGUAGCCCCUUUAGUGCAUGCCUAUAACUGUAACAGACAUGAUUCCACUGGUUAUGCACAAUUCUUUCUGAUGUUUGGCAGGAAUCCACGGUUGCCUGUUGAUGUUGCCUUGGGUCUGGAACCAAUGCAAGACAAGAAGAAUCUACAUGAGUACACGUCAGCUUUACGACAAAGACUGCAAGAAUCAUACAGGUUAGCGUCUAAGGCAGCAGAGCACAGUCGACAACAUCAGAAGAAGGGCUAUGAUGUCAGAGUUCGGGGUUCCAUCCUGCAACCCGGCAACAGAGUUUUGGUUAGAAGAUUGGCAUUCGAUGGUAAACAUAAGAUUGCCGACAGAUGGGAAGAGGAACCUUACCUUAUCCAAGAUCAGCCAAACAAGGAUAUCCCUGUGUUUGUGGUGCGGAAGGAAAUUGGACACGGUAAAAGUAGAACACUUCACAGGAACCUUCUGUUACCAAUCGGAUCUCUUCCCAUAGCUAUUGAUGUUCCAGAUGUGCCAACACCAAAACCCAGACGACCAACCCAACGACAGCGACAAAAGCCAACUGAAGUUACUGCUGAAAGGAUACCCCCAACGGAAUUGGACGACGGAGCAACCCCGUCGGAUGAUGAAGACUAUCUUCAAGUCGAUUCUGUUGUGCUGGUUACAGAGGCAACAGUCACAGAACCAACAGAGGCCAGCACCACACCUGCUGCUGACAGGGACUCUGUUGGUGUUAUGGGUAUAGACAGCACUUCGUCAACGGAUGAUCAUGAGAUAUCCCUUGUAGGUGAAGUAGCUAGUUCAGACCACGAGACAGUUGCGGAUGAGACAGCAGAGGUUGAGCCUGUUGCAGAUUUUUGGUCUGAAUCUGAAGACAUUAGGAGUCCAGUUCCAGUUCCAAGACGAUCCAUUAGAAAGAGACGGCCUCCAAAGUGGAUGACACAUGGGGAUUUUGCCAUGAUCGAGUCUUUGGGAUGUGACUGGAAGGACAGAGUAAAAAUUCUCACGGAUAUGGCUUCAAUGAACUUAUUUGAUCGGAUGCCGAUAGAAGCAGUAAAUGCAGUACUGCAGAUUGUUACAAGUUCACUGGGGUCAUAUGACAUUAAAUGA